AGGUCCUCCCCCUCCCCAUCCCCUCUUAAACUGCUCCCUACACAACCGCCGCAUCAUCUUCCUUACCUCGUCCUCAUCCGCUCUUUGCUGGUUGCUACCUUGCUCACGACCGGCAUCGAGCUACUCUCUCUUCGGCGCUCGCUCUAUCUAUCUACCUGCAAGAAACUCCUUCUAGUUUGUGCUGUCAACAUGGCUUGUUGCUUUCCGUCGCGAAGGGGGCCUCGAGAUGCUGUUGAAGGUGAUGAUGGUAUGCAUAGUGUGAAGGUCUUUUCUUACAGUGAGUUGAGAAAGGCAACUCAAAAUUUUAGUGAGGCUAAUAAGAUCGGAGAGGGUGGUUUUGGUUCCGUAUUUAGGGGCAAGCUCAAAGAUGGCACGUUUGUUGCAGUGAAGGUGUUGUCAGCGACUUCGAGGCAAGGUGUCGGAGAGUUCUUAACUGAACUUACCGCAAUUGCCGACAUUAAGCAUGAAAACCUGGUCACGCUUAUGGGUUGCUCUGCUGAAGGGUCCCAUAGGAUCCUCGUUUACAAUUAUCUUGAGAACAACAGCCUUCAACAGACGUUGCUAGGUAAUGCUUUCAGCAGCAUUCAGUUCAACUGGGAGGCUCGCGUGAAAAUUGCCAUUGGUAUUGCACGUGGACUUGCAUUUCUUCAUGAGGAAAUCCGUCCUCAUAUUAUCCACAGGGAUAUCAAAGCGAGCAACAUUCUUCUCGACAAGGACCUUACGCCUAAAAUUGCUGAUUUUGGAUUGGCGAGGCUCCUCCCUCCCAAUGCAACUCAUGUGAGCACCCGAGUAGCUGGCACAUUGGGAUAUUUGGCUCCUGAAUAUGCUAUCCGAGGUCAAGUGACGAAGAAGUCUGACAUCUAUGGUUUUGGAGUUCUUCUCUUGGAAAUUGUUUGUGGCAGGUGCAACACAAACACAAGAUUGGCUAGAGAAGAUCGAUUUCUUCUUGAGAAGACAUGGGCACUCUAUGAGCAAGAACAUCUAGAUGAGAUCAUAGAUGCUGAUAUAGACGACGAACUGGACAUCGAGGAGGCAUGCAAGUUCUUAAAGAUUGGCCUGCUGUGUACGCAGGACGCGAUGGCACGCCGUCCCCACAUGAGCACCGUUCUCAGAAUGCUCACAGGAUGUAAGAACGUCUCCAUGGAGAAGAUCACAAGGCCCGCAUUGAUCACCGACUUCUGUCAACUCAUACCAUCAGGGGCGGAGAAGACGCGCUCCAACACAUCGGGAUCCUUCACCACCACAGAAACGACAGACCCGUUCUCAUCGUCGGACACGGCCACGCAGUCGUCUAUGUGAAGAAAUUGGACAGAAUUAGCGUUGUUCGAUGUGUACAUUGUCGUGUGAUGUUAUGAACCUGAAGAGUACCAUGUCUCGACGAGAGCAGCGACGAAGGGAAGUAGAACGAGAGAAGCAGAGCUCAGGGGGGAAACCAGGACUCUGCGCCGCGCCA